CCUGCAUUUUCAACAGUUGCACCAGGAGCUCCACCUGUUGCACAACCACCUACUGCCCUAUGUGGCAUGUCUACGUUUGGUUUUGGGGACAAUAUUGAAAAUGGCGGCUCAUAUUUCAAGUUCUUUGAUCCUUCAUUAGCAAAAAUGCUAACACAACCCGAGUACCCGCUACAAGACCCAUAUGGACAACAUCAGCCGCCAUAUCUGCAGCAGAACUUGUCAGUAGAAGAGUUACUGCAAUCUGGAGUAACCAACAACGAGCUGCCAUAUGGAGGAAACAACAAAGAGCUGCAAUAUGGAGUAACCUACACCGAGCUGCAACAUGUAGGAAACAAGAGCGAGCUGCAAUAUGGAGGAAACAACAAGGAGCUGCAACACGGAGGAAACAAGAGCGAGCUGCAAUAUGGAGGAAACAACAGCGAGCUACAAUAUGGAGGAAACAACAAGGAGCUGCAAUAUGGAGUAACCUACACCGAGCUGCAACAUGGAGGAAACAAGAGCGAGCUGCAAUAUGGAGGAAUCAACAGCGAGCUGCAAUAUGGAGGAAACAACAACGAGCUGCAAUAUGGAGGAAACAACAACGAGCUGCAAGCAGUAAUAAUACCCCAGCAGCAGCAUCAUCAGGAAAAAAAGACAAUGGAGAAAGCAGAGCGACAGAAUUUUCUACCUGAGUCUAAAGAUUCAAACAAUUCAAAUAGUGGUGAUAGCACAGUAACAAGGGCUCAAAACCAGCAUGAUCCUUCAAAGGCAACAGCAAAGAUGAGGAAUCUGAAAGAGAAAAGAAGCACUAAGAGAAGUGCAACCUCAAAGUGAGAUGACGAAAGAAACUUGCAAACAGUAGUGGAUUUAUUCUUUAGUCAUCUCCCCUAGAUUAGCUUUCUUGGUUUUUUCUUGUUACAAAACCCACAAGAUUUUUUUGGGAAGUUUCUUGCCACAUUCAUUUGCUCAAGAAUCCAAAACUAUUGCAAAGAUUGGAGCUUUCGAGAAUCAGUAUUGAAUCUUAUCAACAAGACUAACAGAACUAUAUAGACUAUAUAGU